AACCCAAACUCUAAACUGACGCUCGUUGGGCACGCUCUUAUCUAGGGAACAUCCGUGUCGUAUCCUCAUCUUCGGCCACGAAAGACUUGACGGCGAUAGCAUGCCAUUGGUAGCUGCGCAUCGCAGAACUGAUAGAACGUCACUCAUGCCCUUUUAUCUCCAGGUACCGUCAUGAAAUCACCGCUUGCAAAAGAGCACAUACUCUGCUCACUUUGCUUCAAGUCCGCAAACGGCUCUCGUCUUUUGCCAACAUUGACGAAGGGUUCGGAGCUCUUCCGCUCAUACAGCUCCUACAAAGAUAUCUUCAUAUCAGCGUCGGCUGGUUGUCACCUCUGCUCGCUCUUUCUCGGGACAUUCAAGCCUGGAGUACAAACGGGCGAUCUACGCUCUGUUGAGGUUAGGCUCAGGGUUUCACGUACGGGAGGAGCGUGGUUGGCGGUUGUCGCGCUCCCUCAAGGUCCUUGUAUCACAUCACAGGUAGAUUCCGACCUGAUACCACCCGAUCAGCUCCGUGAACAGGUCAUGGGGGAGUUGCCGGUCUUCCGCACGCUGGAGGGCCGCUUCGAGGACCCACAACCCGGCUCUCCUUUUGCAUUUGUGGACCCGAGCAUCUACAAGAACGCACAGCUGUCCAAAUCUCUGUCUUACGAUGCGUCGGCUUCCUUGGCGAAAGAGUGGCUUUGUCAGUGCUUGCAGCACCACGACAAGUGCACCCUGGCCGCGGAGGGCGUGUCGCCCACUUACGGGUACCCCGCGCGCCUCAUUCGCGUUGGAGGCGGUGGGGACAACGAGUUUGCGAGAUUGGUAGUCACUGUAGAUCUCGUGGUCAUGCCCAGGUAUUUGACCCUCUCCCAUUGCUGGGGCGGAGCGGAUAUCCUGAAGCUACUUCUUGGGAACUUCAACGAUCUCAAAAACGGCAUCCCCUUUUCCAACCUCCCAAGUACGUUUCAGGAUGCGAUCGUGAUCACUCGACAACUGGGAUUUCAGUAUGUUUGGAUCGACUCGCUAUGCAUUAUCCAGGACUUGGCAUCAGACUGGCGCUCGGAGUCGGCAAUCAUGGGCGAGAUCUAUGCUCACUCUGUUUGCACCAUCGCCGCCCUCACGGCACGCUCGUCGUUCGAGGGCUGUUUCUCUGGGGCAAGAAGUAAUAGUGUCGACCACGAGGCAGCCAAAAAGGAACGGACCCCGCUCGCGUUUCGCGUGUGUAAGAUACCGCACGGAUUACAUGCCGAAUAUUCUGCAAGCCUCGACGUCGAGCUCCGCGUUGAUCACUCCCCGCUUCCGCUGCACACACGCGCCUGGGUCGUACAAGAACGGCUGCUCGCGCCCAGGACAUUGUACUACGGCGCAUGGGGGCUCGCUUGGGAAUGCGUCGCGUGCUCGGCGACAGAGAGCUACCCGUUCGGCAAGCAUAGCCAGUUCUCGCCCAAGGCGUCCUUCUUCGAGAUCUGCAACCGGGCGCAAGCCGCAGACCUGACGUCGGAGUCGAGAGACGCUCUGAUCUACAGCUUGUGGCGCGAUGUCCAGGCGUCGUAUACCCGGUGCCACCUCACGUUUUUCACGGAUCGCCUGAUUGCUAUAUCGAGCGUGGUCAAGCGCAUCGAGCAGCUGACGGGGUGGACGAACAUGUGGGGCCUGUGGAAGGAGAAGCUUCUGUACGAGCUGGUGUGGUUUGUCGACGAUCCGAAAGACCGCCCCGAGGUAAAGGAGUAUCUCGCCCCGACGUGGUCGUGGGCUGGUGUUCGAGGACUCGUGUUCUUCGACACAGUCGGAGACGAGGUGCCAAUCUGGUCUGCGGAGGUGAUGGAAACCGGUACGAAGGACGAGCGGGGGUUUAUUCGACUUCGGGCUGCGAUGAAGGAAGUUGUCCGCACGUCCGAGAUAAGGCGGGAUCUGGUGGACAAGACGAGAUCAAGAGCAAUGGUUGUCUCAUGGUUCCCAGAUACUCUGGCUGCGCGGCGUUCGACAGAGGAGAUGCGGUGUGUGCUGCUGUUGAGGAUCCCUAAUCGCUGGGACAAGUAUGCGGUUGACCUUGGGUUGGUUAUAAGCGGUAGUGGGGAUGAGGUGGUCCGACUCGGGAGUUUCAUGCAGCUUCGGAGCGACACUUGUCCCUUAUUCGAGGAGGACAUUCGAGACGAGGAUGUAGAUGAGAUAAUCAUCUACUGACAUUCAUCCGAGUUAGAGAAGCAAUGCGGCAAAUGUUU